AUGCCCGGUAUUCCCAGAUCCAAAGGGUGUCGUUCAUGCAAAAUCCGAAGGAUAAAGUGCGACGAGAAUUGGCCCGCCUGUUCUCAGUGCGUCCUGAGAGGGUACGACUGCCCCGGACCAACCUCCUUGGUCAAGUUUAUCACAGACGGUAACCACAAGAACUCCCGGUCGGAAUUAUAUGUGGAAAGGGGAGACGCUUCAACAUCAUGGGUGUCUGAAGUAUGUGCUCGACCUAAAGGAUCCACCCAGUCUCCUGAGCCCGAAUGCCCAGACAAAAGAAGACGACCAGCCAACAUAGCAGCCAUUCCUGCUGCUCAUCUCACUUGCUUCCGGCUCCCUUCCAAGGUACGGCCUCUGCCUACCACAGUCACAGAUCGUCUCGCUGCUCAGUUAGUGAGCCACCUAAAUCGGGCUUCUGAUCGCGGCAUGAUUCUGUCGAAGACCUAUCUGCAGUACAUUCCCAGCCGGCUCGGAUACUUCCCAUGUCUCCGGGAUACGAUCGCCCUUUUCUGUACUGUCUGGUCUAACUUCCGCCGCGGGAGACAGUCUCUUGACUUUAUUAAUUUACCCGCCUAUGGGAAAGCAAUCCGGAGCUUGCGCCGUGCCUUGGGAACUCAGCAGGCAUUCGCUGUGGAGACACUGGCAGCCGUCACGAUUUUGCAAAGGACCGAAGAGUUAUUCAAUCCUGGCGGGCAAAGAAUGAUACACGACCAGGGAAUGACGACUCUUUUGGAAAAUAUAGGACCGCCCGAGUCUGGAGAUGAGUUUCAUAUCAGCGUGUUGUGCGAGGAUUAUAGCAUUCUGGUCCCUUAUUGGAUCAUGUCAGGAUGGAAAAAUAUCAUGAACGAGUCACCUUUCAGAACCCCAAUUAUUGAAGGGUUCGCAAGAUACACAGAGAACAAACGAUUUGCCCCGCUAGUGCAAGCAGCAUUCCACAGGUUUGACGCCGUCACAAAAGCACUGCCCGUCUUAAUACGUGCCUGUGAGUCCCUUUGGAAGCCUUCAAAUGGCGAGUUCCAGGACAGUUCCAGCAUAUACAUUACGAAUUGUUUCAAGGAGGCGCAUGAGGUGGCAGAAGGCAUCAUGACCAAGUUCCUAGAGGGAGCUCUGGCCACAGGCGACAUCAAGGAGAAAGUGGAUGAAGCUUCUCUCUGUGAAACAAGCUAUUACUUUUCGACCAUCUAUUUGGCACAGAUCUUCCUUGGUCUGACCAGUGUCCACAUAUGCAUCGUUCGGAUGCGGUAUGACUGGAGCGCUGCCCAUGGGCUCCCAGAAACGAGGAGUAUAUAUUCGAAGCUGAGAGAGCUUUCAGAGCAUGUUUGGAAAUAUGCGAGAUUUCUACGCAGCGUCGAAUCUUUCAUUGGGGUCACAUCGCAGCGUUCUCUCUAUCUUACUCUUGAAGUUGCAGGAGCCGACGAAAAAGAGUAUCUCUUGGACUUGAUUUCAGAUAUGGACAGCUUUCGAAGACGGCUUCCUGUGCAGAGGGAUGAUUUAGAGGCGCAAAUUCUCAUGUAUGCGAGACUCUUGACGGGCCGAAAGCCAUGA